ACCAGCUGUCAGAAGACAGCUCGAGAAGAUUACACAAUAAAAGGCAAACAAAAGGAAGAAAAACAAAGGAAAGCGGAGCAGGACAAAAGGAAGAAGAGAAUGGAAGCAAAAGCGAGCAGGUUCUUCUUGGAUGCCCGAGAGUGAGAGCAGUUCAUCCACCUUGUCUCUGUCUAUCUGUCUGUCUGUCCGUCUGCCUGUCAACCUUAUGGAUCCUUACGCGGUCUACACGGCCAGCGAACGGCCCGACCUCUGGGAGGCUCUCGAGGAUCCCCAACACCCUCUGAACGUCGUCUGGCCCGAGUUCCUGGAUCACGACCCGGCAUACGCUCGAUAUUGCGGCCUCCUGUCUCGAUUGUCCGCCCUGGCGCCGUUUCAAUUUGCGUUCGUCCGCAUCGGUCCCCAGGGCCAGGAGGUCAUCGCGGGCCUGGGACGGUCGAUUCCCUUCUUCUGGCCGGAACUGUCGACCAUGGGCACGACGGGAUGGCGUCCGGAGCUGCUCGACUCCCUGCCCGACAAGGGAUACAGCGCCAUUCUGGCCACCGGGGUCCAGCAGAGUCAAGAGGGUGGGCCUCCUCCCAAUGCCCUGUCCGCCCUGUCAGUCACGGUGCAGCCGGCCUAUCGACAGACCGGGCUGGCUGAACUGAUCAUCGACACCAUGAAGCGCGCCGCCCUCAGCGCAGGCUUCUCGGUCCUUGUCGCCCCACUCCGGCCGACGCAGAAAUUGCGCUUCCCCGACGUGCCCAUGGAGCGAUACCUCAGCUGGACGACCGAUUCGGGGCUGCCGUUCGAUCCGUGGCUGCGCAAGCACAUCCGCCUCGGGGGACAGGUGGCGAAAAUCGCGACCAACAGCAUGGUGGUGUCCGGCACGCGCGAGCAGUGGAAGUCCUGGGUGGGCAUCGAUCUGCACCAAGUUGCCCAGCAGGCGAGAGACCAGUGCUAUUUGGCGGACCGGGUUGGGAUGGAACCCAUGUACAUGUCCAUUCCUAUUCCUGGAGGGCUGGUUCCAGUCGCGUACGAUGUGAAAGACCAGGUGGGCCUGUAUGUUGAGCCCAAUGUCUGGGUCUCCUACCGUCUGUAGUCAGCCAGCCAGCCCUGUUGCUGUGGACAAUGUGACCGCCAGAUGCGGCGUCAGACUAUCGAGAAUGAUCUACAUUAUCAGAAGCAAACAUAAUAUGAUACACUAUAUCGGAAUCUGAC